GUUGACUCCCUCAUUGUUGUAUUGCUGCUGAUUUCAAUGGUUUCCACUUGUGUUGCCUACCUCCCCGGUGACAUCGUUCCGAUGAGCAAAAUGGGUCAAUGUCACUCUUCGAGGACUGUUUGGCAUGAUAUGAUUGGAAAACAUUGUCCCAUUUUCGGGGUUAAUCGGGAGGUGUUGAUACCGAUUCCAAAACCAACUGGUUUUACUGGAGCUGAUCCUUACAAGAUAUCAUUCCAAGUUGGAAGAGAAAAAUAUCACGUGCCAUGGCUGUUUGUGAUUAAUUGGAAGAGUUCUGAGGUUCCAAUGAUUGAUGUGCAUUUGAGGUAUUCUGGAGGUGAUUUGCUUGGUGUUACUGCUAAGGUCAUUGAUAUGCCUCAUCACUAUAUUGAACUUCAUCCUGAUAUAGGCAAACACUUUUGGGAUCCUCAACACUGGCCAAAGCACGUGCUUGCUAGAUAUACAUGGGAAGAGCAGUCGGAGAUAGAUGUGGCGUCGGGAUUUUAUGUUCUCUUGGGGUCAGGGGUCGUGCUUUCCUUCAUCCUGGCUGUCUACACUUUGCAGUCAUCUCGAGAUAAGUUGGAAAAGUUUGUAAGGGAGACUGUUGCGGAGACCAGCAUCCCUGGCGUAGUAGUGGCAAAAGUUGAAUGAUAGAAGUUUUGGUUAUAGACAAGUAACAUUCCGAUUUGAGUUAGACAAUGGAAGGAUUAGGUGUACAAGUUUACGACAUUUGUUAGGGGAAAAUUAUAUAGAAGAUAAAUUCUGAAAGUAAUAGAAGCUGCUGCUUGAGUUUCCCUUAGCUGUUUUUGUUUUGCCAUCAGUCAGCCUUUUGCUUUCCAGAUUUCUGAUACACGUUUAGUCACCAAAAGGGUGGCAGAAAAGCAUUUGUUAUAUUUAAUUCUAUUUUCUAUUUUUUUUU